AUGUGUGGUAAAACGUGUAGUAGUCGAUACAACUUAAAAACACACAUGCAGAUACAUACUGGCGAAAAACCUUAUAUUUGUGAGAUUUGUGGUACAAGUUUUAGAUAUGGUAGCACAUAUAAAGUACAUAUAACCACCCACUCUCAGUCUGUCAUGUCUGUUUGUAAAUGUAAUGUUUGUGAGAAAACAUUUACUAAGAGUCUGUACUUAAAGAAUCACAUGAGAAUACACAGUGGUGAAAAACCUUAUAAAUGUGAUAAAUGUGGUAUAAGAUUAAACGACAAAUACAGCUUGCGUAGACACACAAUAAAUCGUAUUUGUGAUCAAUUUUAUAAAUGUGAUGUAUGCGAUAAAGGAUUUAGUGAAAGUUACAACUUGCAUGUGCAUAGAAAAACGCAUAUAUUAGACAAACCUUAUAAAUGUGACCACUGCGGAGAAGAAAUGAGUCAAUACAGUGACUUAAUGGUACACAUUGAAAAUAUACAUACUGAAGAAACCCCCUUGAAAUGUGAUACAUGUAGAAAAUGGUUUAAAAACCUUAAACUUCACUGUAAGAGAGCACAUGCGGCUGAAAAUGUUGACAAACUUUAUAAAUGUGAUAUAUGUGGUAAAGAAAUAAAACGGCUGAAGGAGCACAUGAAAAGACACAUAGAUGAGAAAACAUUUAAAUGUGAUAUAUGUGAUAGACAUUGUAGUACUAAAUCAAACCUGAAAGAACAUUUGAAUCACUCAAAUGAGAAAAAAACUUAUAAAUGUGUUGUCUGUGGUAAAGAAAGUCAAAAAAGGUUUGAUGCAGAGGUCCAUAUGAGAGUUCAUACGGGUGAAACGCCUUAUAAGUGUGAUUAUUGUGGUAAAGGGUUUAAGUGCUAUGCUCACUUGAAAUUACACUUACGAAUACACACGGGUGAGACCUUAUCAAUGUAA